AAGUUUAUGCCACGCUUUGACGGUCCUUAUCGAGUUACUGACGCUUUUCCCGAGCGGUCUGUCUAUACCUUAGACCUCCCGAACACCCCCAACAUAUUCCCGGAAUUUCACGCCAAACACCUCGUCCCCUACCACGCGAACGAUCCACAGCUCUUCCCUGGUCGUGAACUACCCAGGCCCGGACCUAUCGUCACGCCCAAUGGAGAAGAAGAAUGGACGGUCGAACGAAUCAUUGAU